UCUCCAUCAAAUUGAGAGCCCUGUUUCAUGAUCUUUUCAUGCCACAAAUGCAGGAGGAAAGACACUAUUCAGACAAAUGGGAAGGCUAUGUAGAUUGGCGAAACAGACCAGCCCUGAGAGGCAAGCAUGGUGGCAUGGUUGCUGCAUCCUUUGUCUUAGUUGUCGAGAUACUGGAGAAUCUCACAUACCUGGCAAAUGCAAGCAACCUGGUGCUUUACUUGUCAAAAUUCAUGCAUUACUCUCCAUCUAAUUCAGCGAACAUGGUAACUAACUUCAUGGGCACUGCAUUUCUCCUUGCUCUUCUUGGAGGCUUUUUAUCUGAUGCCUUCUUCACCACCUAUUGCAUCUAUCUCAUAAGCGCAACAAUUGAGUUCCUGGGCCUGCUAAUGCUCACAGUGCAAGCUCACAUACCUUCACUGACACCAUCCGCUUGCACACCAAUUAACAGAAACACUUCAUGCCAGCAAGUUGAUGCUGGGAAAGCAGCAAUAUUGUUUGCAGGCCUCUAUCUGGUUGCCUUGGGUGUUGGAGGAAUUAAAGGUUCCCUUCCUCCACAUGGAGCUGAGCAGUUUGAUGAGGAUACCACACGUGGAAGGAAGCAGAGGUCGACAUUCUUCAAUUACUACGUCUUCUGCCUGUCCUGUGGUGGACUAAUUGCAGUAACAUUUAUGGUGUGGAUUGAAGACAAUAAAGGUUGGCACUGGGGCUUUGGUAUCUCAACUGGUAUAAUACUUGUUACAAUUCCAAUCUUCCUACUUGGUUCUUCUACUUACAGGAUCAAAAUUCCAACUGGAAGCCCUAUUACAACCAUUUUCAAGGUUUUGGCUGGAGCUGUUUGUACGUGUUGCACUUCAACAACUUCCAGGAAUGCAAUCAUGAGCACGAGCACAACCUCAACCUACACAACUGAAACCGGCCUGGAAGAGAAAAAUGGCAAAAAUGGAGCAGAGACUCACACAACAUCAGAAGACCUGAGGUUCCUAAAUAGAGCGGCAAUUGGAAGGCCUUUCCAUCAACUGCUACAAUGCACCAUCAAAGAAGUAGAAGAAGUGAGGAUUGUCUUUAAGAUUUUGCCGAUUUUUGCAUCCACCAUGAUGCUGAACUGCUGUCUUGCUCAGCUGUCUACCUUUUCAGUCCAACAAGCAGCAACCAUGGACACUAGGAUUGGCUCGUUCACAGUUCCACCGGCUUCCCUUCCAGUUUUCCCAGUAAUUUUCAUCAUGAUACUUGCACCAAUCUACAAUCACAUCAUUAUCCCACUUGCUAGGAAGGCUACCGGGACAGAAAUGGGAAUCACACAUUUACAGCGAAUUGGAACUGGCUUAGUUUUCUCAAUUGUGGCCAUGGCUGUUGCAGCAUUAGUGGAAAUGAAGCGAAAGAAGGUGGCAAUGCAAUCCGGCAUGAUAAAUUCAACAGAACCUCUUCCAAUCACAUUCCUUUGGGUGGCAUUGCAAUAUAUGUUUUUAGGAUCAGCUGAUCUUUUCAGCUUGGCUGGCAUGAUGGAUUUCUUUUUCACAGAGGCCCCAUUUAGCAUGAAGUCAUUAGCAACAGCUCUCUCCUGGACCUCACUGGCCAUAGGUUAUUAUUUCAGCUCGGUACUUGUAUCAAUUGUCAACAAAGUUACAAGCACCUUUAGGCACACGCCAUGGCUUUAUGGAAGUAACUUGAACCAUUAUCACCUUGAACGAUUUUACUGGUUGAUGUGCAUAUUAAGUGGGUUAAAUUUUCUGCAUUAUCUCUUUUGGGCCAGCCGUUACAAGUAUCAGUCAACUUGGCCUGGAGAUCAAGAGGAGAUUCAAAUAAGAGUUAACUCAUCUGAACUGCAAUUAUCCCACUCAUGAAAGCUAUUCAGGACGAACCUUCUCCACUGCCUCUCUAUGUGAAUGUGUGUGUACGAGAGAGAGAGAGAGAGUACUAGCUGAAUGUAUAAUUUAUCAUUGCGAUUUGAGUUAUCAGUUCAGUAAUACUGUAUCAUUCAUCCCAUUCUGGUAAGAAUAAUCUUAGUGAAUUUGCAUAUCAUUUU